AUGUCAGUGCCUCUGAUGAACAGAAUGGCCCCAGCGAAUCCCCCGUCACACCUUUAUAAUUAUAAGCACGUGGAUGAUUCCAGGAUGAAUGUGAGACCACAGAGUGCGGCUGGUCCCACAACGUGGAAGAAGCACCAAAAACGUACCUCAUUUAUGCAGAUGCAGCAUGAACAGUUGGAGGCUCUGUUUAGCUACACCAUGUUUCCAGAUAAAAAUCUCCAGAAGGAACUCGCUUUGAAACUCAACCUACCAGAAACCACGAUAAAGACUUGGUUCAGGAACCGAAGAGUCAAACUGAGGAAGCAGCAGCAACAGCUCUCACCAAAGCAACCAAAUCAGAUUCUUCCAGCCAAGAUCAUGCCCGCCUCACCCACAACAUCAACCAAUCCUUACUCUUUUUACCCUGCAGUUUCAGGUUUCUGUAACUCCCUUCAGCUUCAGCCUGUGGGCCCUUACACUUUGGCAUGGAAUUCUGUCAUCACUGAGAGUCCCACAGGUGGGGACCAAAUGCAAGAUCCUCAGCUGGAGAGGCUGGCGGCCUCAGUUCCUGCUUUGUACUCUGAUGCCUAUGACAUAGAGCAGAUCAUGGAAAUAUACAGUUUUCCCGAUGAGGAGGAAACGCCCGGCACUUCUUUCCAAUGUCUGUAUCAGUAUCUCUCCCCCAGACUCCAGCUAGAAGAAAGGGGUUCUUCUCUUAGAGUCUUGGCUGAUGCAGCUUUAGGUCUGUCCCCUGGGCAAACCUCAACCAGUAUGACAAGCUGAGUCCUUUUAGCCUACAGCCUAAGAGACAGCCUAGAAUUCCAGAGUCCCUUCAGCAUGGAGAACUUUGAAUUUCUUUUAUCAAAAUUUUAA